UGAUCAUAAAAAGGUUUAAAGCAACGGUAGUAUUGCUGGAAUCAGCUUACCAACUUUAGGGGCAUAUCAUUCAUUUUGAUACAGGAGUCUCCUUGCCUCAACCCCAGUGUAUUUAUUUUUUUGAAUUUCUGUUGCAUGCCUUGAUAAUGUAUAGGUACUGACAACACAAAAAUGAAUAAAACAUGCUAUCUGCCCUUAAUUGUGCACAAUCCAAUGUUCUAGGGUUCAUGUUUUGACAGAUUGUUCACAUAUAUGAAAAUAUUUUAGACCACUUCCCUAGUUAUGCCUAGAAAAAGCCUAGAAAGCUCAAAAGCACUUAAAUGUUUCCUUAAUGUAGGAUACAGAGCCUCAUGAUUAACUUCAUUUUAUCUAUUUGUUUUCAGUGAAGUAAUGAAAAUGAAAAAGAGAUAUGAAGUGGGUUUGGAGAAAUUGGAUUCUGCUUCAUCUCAAGUAGCAACAAUGCAGUCUGAGUUGGAGGCACUACAACCUCAAUUAAAAGUUGCCAGCAAAGAGGUUGAUGAGAUGAUGAUAAUGAUUGAGAAAGAGUCUAUAGAAGUUGCCAAAACUGAAAAAAUAGUGAAAGCUGAUGAAGCAAUAGCAAACGAACAAGCUAUGGCUUCCAAAGCUAUCAAAGAUGAAUGCGAUGCUGACCUGGCAGGUGCCUUGCCAAUAUUGGAGUCAGCGCUGGCCGCCCUUGAUACUCUUACUGCACAGGAUAUUACAGUGGUAAAAUCCAUGAAGAGUCCUCCUGCUGGUGUCAAGCUUGUCAUGGAAGCUAUAUGCAUCUUGAAAGGAAUCAAAGCGGACAAAAUCCCUGACCCAACAGGUUCAGGGAAAAAAACCGAGGAUUUCUGGGGCCCAGCUAAGAGACUUCUUGGUGACAUGAGGUUUCUACAGUCACUUCAUGAAUAUGACAAGGACAAUAUUCCUCCAGCUUAUAUGAAUAUCAUAAGAAAAAAUUAUAUUCCAAAUCCAGAUUUCGUGCCAGAAAAAAUCAGAAAUGCUUCUACAGCAGCCGAAGGUCUGUGCAAAUGGGUCAUAGCAAUGGAUUCCUAUGAUAAAGUGGCAAAAAUAGUAGCUCCCAAAAAGAUAAAACUGGCUGCAGCUGAAGGGGAGCUUAAAAUUGCCAUGGACGGUCUUAGAAAGAAGCAGGCAGCCCUUAAGGAAGUUCAGGACAAGCUGGCAAGGCUUCAAGACACACUUGAAUUAAAUAAACAAAAGAAGGCUGACCUGGAAAAUCAGGUUGACCUGUGCAGCAAAAAACUAGAACGAGCUGAGCAGUUGAUUGGAGGCCUUGGAGGUGAGAAAACUAGAUGGAGCCACACAGCUCUGGACCUAGGGCAGCUGUACAUCAACUUGACCGGGGAUAUCCUCAUUUCCUCAGGAGUAGUUGCUUACCUCGGAGCCUUCACAUCUACCUAUAGACAGAACCAAACUAAGGAGUGGACAACUUUGUGCAAAGGAAGAAAUAUCCCCUGCUCAGAUGAUUAUUCCCUUAUGGGUACCCUGGGAGAAGCUGUGACAAUUCGAACUUGGAAUAUUGCUGGAUUACCUUCUGACUCAUUUUCCAUUGAUAAUGGGAUAAUCAUAAUGAAUGCAAGAAGGUGGCCUCUGAUGAUAGAUCCUCAAGGUCAGGCUAACAAAUGGAUCAAGAACAUGGAAAAAGCCAAUAGUCUUCAUGUAAUUAAACUUAGUGAUCCUGACUAUGUCAGGACUCUGGAAAAUUGCAUCCAGUUUGGUACUCCUGUGUUGCUAGAAAAUGUUGGCGAAGAACUAGAUCCUAUUUUGGAACCUCUUCUACUAAAACAAACCUUUAAGCAGGGCGGGAGUACAUGUAUCCGGCUUGGGGACUCUACAAUUGAAUAUGCGCCUGAUUUCCGCUUCUAUAUCACUACCAAGCUAAGAAAUCCUCAUUAUCUUCCUGAAACAUCAGUAAAGGUAACAUUACUAAACUUCAUGAUAACCUCUGAGGGAAUGCAAGACCAGCUUCUGGGAAUUGUGGUGGCACGAGAAAGGCCGGACCUUGAAGAAGAAAAGCAAGCCUUGAUAUUACAAGGAGCUGAAAAUAAAAGGCAGUUAAAAGAAAUAGAAGACAAGAUUUUAGAAGUUCUUUCAUCUUCGGAAGGCAAUAUAUUAGAAGAUGAAACUGCUAUUAAGAUAUUAUCUUCCUCCAAGGCUUUGGCUAAUGAGAUUUCUCAGAAGCAGGAAGUAGCCGAAGAGACAGAGAAAAAGAUUGACACCACCCGCAUGGGCUAUCGUCCUAUUGCCAUCCAUUCUUCCAUCCUGUUUUUUUCUAUUGCUGAUUUAGCCAACAUUGAGCCCAUGUACCAGUAUUCACUGACCUGGUUUAUUAACCUUUUCAUCCUGUCUAUUGAAAAUUCAGAGAAGUCAGAAAUUUUGGCAAAAAGGCUUCAGAUUCUCAAGGAUCACUUUACCUAUUCACUGUAUGUUAAUGUCUGCCGAUCACUGUUUGAAAAGGAUAAGCUGCUUUUUUCCUUUUGUCUAACUGUAAAUCUACUGCUGCAUGAGCAGGCGAUUAAUAAAGCGGAGUGGAGAUUUCUGCUAACUGGUGGCAUUGGACUGGAUAAUCCUCAUGCCAACCCUUGUACAUGGCUUCCUCAAAAAUCCUGGGAUGAAAUAUGUCGAUUAGAUGAUUUGCCUGCCUUUAAAACCAUUCGUAGAGAGUUUAUGCGCUUAAAGGAUGGAUGGAAGAAAGUAUAUGAUAGUUUGGAACCACACCAUGAGGUUUUCCCUGAAGAAUGGGAAGAUAAAGUAAAUGAGUUUCAGAGGAUGCUUAUUAUUCGUUGCUUGAGGCCAGACAAGGUUAUUCCAAUGUUGCAGGAAUUUAUAAUCAACAGAUUGGGGCGUGCAUUCAUUGAACCACCCCCCUUUGAUUUAGCCAAGGCAUUUGGAGAUAGUAACUGCUGUGCACCACUGAUUUUCGUGCUCUCUCCUGGAGCAGAUCCCAUGGCUGCCCUUCUAAAAUUUGCUGAUGACCAGGGGUAUGGGGGAUCAAAACUUAGCUCUUUAUCUCUUGGUCAAGGCCAAGGGCCCAUUGCUAUGAAGAUGUUAGAAAAAGCUGUCAAGGAAGGAACAUGGGUGGUUCUUCAGAAUUGUCACCUUGCCACCUCUUGGAUGCCAACCCUUGAGAAAGUCUGUGAGGAGUUAAGCCCAGAGUCAACACAUCCAGAUUUCCGAAUGUGGCUGACAAGUUACCCAUCUCCAAAUUUCCCUGUGUCAGUACUGCAGAAUGGAGUGAAAAUGACCAAUGAAGCACCAAAAGGUUUACGGGCUAAUAUCAUUCGAUCAUACCUCAUGGACCCGAUCUCUGACCCUGAGUUCUUUGGCAGCUGCAAAAAGCCUGAGGAAUUCAAGAAAUUGCUUUAUGGCCUGUGUUUCUUUCAUGCUUUGGUGCAAGAAAGACGGAAAUUUGGACCCCUAGGGUGGAAUAUUCCUUAUGAGUUCAAUGAGACUGAUCUGAGAAUCAGUGUACAGCAACUCCACAUGUUCCUGAACCAGUAUGAGGAACUGCCGUAUGAUGCUCUGCGGUACAUGACCGGCGAAUGCAAUUAUGGAGGCAGAGUGACCGAUGACUGGGACCGGCGCACGCUGCGCAGCAUUCUAAACAAAUUCUUCAAUCCAGAAUUAGUUGAAAAUUCAGGCUAUAAAUUUGACUCAAGUGGCAUCUAUUUUGUUCCUCCUUCUGGUGAUCACAAAAGCUACAUCGAAUACACAAAGACUCUGCCACUGACCCCAGCACCAGAAAUCUUUGGGAUGAAUGCCAAUGCAGAUAUCACUAAGGAUCAGUCAGAGACUCAACUGCUAUUUGAUAACAUUCUUCUUACACAGUCUCGUUCAGCAGGUGCUGGUGCAAAAUCAUCAGAUGAAGUAGUGAAUGAGGUUGCUGGUGACAUCUUGGGCAAACUUCCAAACAACUUUGAUGUUGAGGCUGCUAUGAGGAGAUACCCAACAACUUAUACACAGAGCAUGAACACUGUACUUGUCCAAGAGAUGGGACGGUUUAAUAAGUUACUGAAGACCAUAAGAGAUUCAUGCAUAAAUAUUCAGAAAGCAGUCAAGGGGCUUGUAGUUAUGUCUACAGAACUUGAAGAAGUGGUUAGCAGCAUUUUGAAUGUCAAAAUUCCAGAAAUGUGGAUGGGUAAAUCCUACCCAAGCCUUAAACCACUUGGCAGCUAUGUGAAUGACUUCCUUGCAAGACUAAAAUUCUUGCAGCAAUGGUACGAGAUUGGCCCUCCUCCAGUCUUCUGGCUUUCUGGCUUCUUCUUCACACAAGCCUUCCUGACUGGUGCCCAGCAGAACUAUGCCAGGAAAUACACAAUUCCCAUUGAUCUUCUUGGAUUUGACUAUGAGGUGAUGGAAGACAAAGAAUACAAGCAGGCUCCUGAGGAUGGUGUUUUCAUUCAUGGAUUAUUUCUGGAUGGAGCUUCCUGGAAUAGAAAGAUCAAAAAACUUGCAGAAUCGCAUCCCAAAAUUCUUUAUGAUACAGUGCCUGUGAUGUGGCUAAAGCCCUGUAAGAGGGCAGAUAUACCAAACCGGCCAAGUUAUGUUGCUCCAUUGUAUAAGACAAGUGAGCGGAGAGGAACCUUAUCCACUACUGGCCAUUCCACGAAUUUUGUGAUUGCCAUGACUCUUCCCUCUGACCAACCCAAAGAGCACUGGAUUGGACGAGGUGUGGCACUGUUAUGUCAGCUUAAUUCAUAACCAGAAGAUGUCACUUCUUUGUUCCUGUUUCUUGUUGGAUGGCUGAAUAGAAAGCAUAUUUUACUACUAAAGCUUUUUUUUUUUUUUUGGUUUAAAUACAUUUGACUAAAGCUAUACCUAAUUAUGAAUUUACUUAUGCAAAUACGGAUUAAUAUGAUUCAUACUUCAAUGUAAGGAAAUGCUCUGAAAUAAAAACUAAAAACACAUUGGCGUAUUUGCUCUCUUUGAAUAACUUUAUUUUGGAGGAGUUCCAUAAGCAUUAGGAACAUACAUAAAAUGACACAUCACUGUUGACAAUGAAAAAAAACCAGCAUUUGAUAAUUUCCAGCUUUUUAAGUUAAAAAAAAAAUGAUUGAUUCAGUUACAACAAAACAAAAGUUGUUUAGAUAUUUUAGCAAGAAUCACCUUGCAGGACCAUAAUCACAUUUAAGCCACUGACUUAUUGUUAAUGGAAAAAAUUCACACUGCAUCUAGUUACUAAAGUAUUUCUAAGCAUAAUCACAGCUGAUUGGAUGCAAUGUGAUAUAUAUACCAAAAUUCAUAUGGAUGUCACACAGUGACAGCAUUGUACAAGUAACAUUAAUGACCUCCAACAAACACAUUUUAAAUUAGACUCGUCAAGCUAAAAGGAAUGUUGGAGCCAACAGAAAUGUAGUGGAAUUCAGAUUGUCUAGUAAGACUUGAAACUAUACAUUAGAAUGAUGUGAAAACUAAAUACUGGUGGAACUCUAACAAACAAAAUACUAGCAGCAACUGUUACAGCCCUCUUAAGAUUUUU